CACACACACACACACACACAAUAAAGAGAGAUACUGAAUUGGUAUGGCAUUAGUCCACAAAUCCAGUCUUACCCAGCCCAACUCCUCUGCCUUUCGACAUUCUCAAAGCCCCUUUUUCUCCUUUUUCUCUUCUUUUCUGCGUAAUUCACUCGGCACAUUUGUUGGGAGGCUAACGAGAUGUUGAUGACAGAAUUUCCCUACUGAAACGGUAGAUUUUUUGUUUUCGGCCAUCAAGUAAUGCUCCUUUUCCAGCCGGAUUCACAGUUUCAACACUCAUCCCAAUGACUUCUGAACUUAGUACAAAAAAUCCUUUAGAAAAGCACAAUAAACUUCAUUCAGGGCAAGCUGUAGAAGGAAAUUCUUGGAAGAAAACGAAAGAAUUGCCCAAAAAUAUCAACAAAACUGCCCCAAAAAAACCCACAACAGCCCAACCAAUUAAAUCCCUUGGCUCCUCAGCCGGCAAACUCGACCCCAGUUUAAUGCUGGCCCAACUGAAGGAUAAAAAAUUGAUUUUUGAUCAAGAAAAGAAAGAGACCGAGAACUUCAAGGACAGCUCUGCAUUUGCAAAGACGAGUGGUAGCACGAAAAUCAGCGAAAGGCUUGAAUUUGUCGAGAGUGGGAAAAGCAGCCUUUGCAGAGGCAGCACGAGCACUGACAUAACUGACGAGAGCACGUGCAGCAGCUUCAGCAGUGGGGUCAACAAGCCCCACAAGGCCAAUGACUUGAGAUGGGAAGCAAUCCAGGCCGUCCGAUCGAAAGACAGUGUUUUAGAUCUGAGGCAUUUCAGGUUGCUGAAAAAAUUGGGGUGUGGGGACAUAGGGAGCGUCUAUCUUUCAGAGUUAUGUGGCACUAGCUGCUAUUUCGCAAUGAAGGUCAUGGAUAAGUCAUCCCUUGCAAGCCGGAAAAAGCUUCUGCGGGCCCAGACAGAAAGGGACAUUCUGCAGUCUUUGGAUCAUCCGUUCUUGCCGAGUUUGUACACACAUUUUGAGACGGACAAAUUUUCGUGUCUGGUUAUGGAAUUCUGUCCAGGUGGCGAUUUGCAUACACUAAGGCAGAGGCAGCCAGGGAAGCAUUUUUCCGAACAAGCAGUGAAAUUUUACGUAGCAGAGAUCCUCCUCGCUUUAGAAUACCUCCACAUGCUCGGCAUCGUGUACCGUGACCUAAAACCCGAAAACGUCCUCGUCCGUGAGGACGGCCACAUCAUGCUCUCCGACUUCGACCUCUCCCUCCGCUGCACAGUCAGCCCUACACUCAUCAAAUCCUCCACCACACUCGACCAUCCAAACCCCAUCUCCUGCAUUCACCCUUCCUCUUGCGUGGGCCCCACUACGUGCUUCGGUCCCCGCCGCUCCAAAAAGGACCAUGAUCUUGAGAUUGCGAUCUCAUUAAUAUCAUCUCACUCGUAUGCUUCCCUACAUCACCAGGUCAGCCCGCUGCCUGAGCUCAUGGCCGAGCCCACCGAGGCACGGUCCAUGUCGUUCGUCGGGACCCACGAGUACUUGGCACCCGAGAUAAUUAAAGGCGAGGGCCACGGGAGCGCGGUCGAUUGGUGGACGCUCGGGAUUUUUAUGUACGAGCUACUGUUCGGGAAGACACCAUUCAAGGGGUCGGGCAAUCGGGCGACGCUGUUCAAUGUUGUGGGCCAGCCGUUGCGAUUCCCGGAGUCGUCUCCGGUGGUGAGCUUUGCGGCCAGGGAUCUUAUGAGAGGGUUGCUGGUGAAGGAGGCGAAGAAUAGGGUGGCGUACAAAAGGGGGGCUACUGAGAUAAAGCAGCACCCGUUUUUCGAUGGGGUGAAUUGGGCUUUGAUACGGUGCGCGACUCCGCCGGAGGUGCCGAGGCCCGUUGUGGUCGAGAGAGUUGCGGCACCUCCGCCUAAGGUGGCGCCGCCGAAGGAUAAUUAUUUGGAAUUUGAUUUCUUUUAG